CGCCCGGCCCCGCCAUGGCGCUGCGGCGCCUCCUGCUGCUGCUGCUGCCGCUGCUCUCGCUCCAGUCCCUGGACCUGCUACCCGGUGCCCAGGGCGCCCGCGGCCGCGCCGCCAACCGGACCCUAAGCGCCGCGGCCGUCGGGGCCGGCGGCCGGGGCGCCCUGGCCCGGGGUGGCCGCGAGCUGAACGGCACCGUCCGGGCGCCCGGCGGCCUGGAGGCGGGAGCGGCGGGGCAGCCCGCGGCGGCGGUGGCGGCGGCCAACGCGGCCGUCACCUACGAGACGUGCUGGGGCUACUACGACGUGAGCGGCCAAUACGACAAGGAGUUCGAGUGCAACAACAGCGAGAGCGGCUACCUGUACUGCUGCGGCACCUGCUACUACCGCUUCUGCUGCAAGAAGCGCCACGAGAAGCUGGACCAGCGCCAGUGCACCAACUACCAGAGCCCGGUGUGGGUGCAGACGCCCAGCACCAAGGUGGUGUCGCCGGGGCCCGAGAACAAGUACGACCCGGAGAAGGACAAGACCAACUUCACCGUCUACAUCACCUGCGGGGUGAUCGCCUUCGUCAUCGUGGCCGGCGUCUUCGCCAAGGUCUCCUACGACAAGGCCCACCGCCCUCCGCGGGAGAUGAACAUCCACAGGGCUCUGGCCGACAUCCUAAGACAACAGGGACCAAUCCCCAUAGCACACUGUGAAAGAGAAACUAUCUCGGCUAUUGAUAGCUCUCCCAAAGAGAACACGCCGGUCAGAUCAUCCUCCAAAAACCACUACACCCCUGUGCGCACGGCCAAGCAGACUCCAGGACAUUAUGGGAAGGAUGCUCACCGAAGUGGAGGACCUGAUCUCCAUAACUUCAUCUCGUCUGGAUUUGUCACGUUAGGAAGAGGACACACGAAGGGUGAUCAUCAGUAUAACCAUCCGAUUUUAAGCAGCGCUACCCAGACCCCUACACAUGAGAAGCCUCGGAUGAACAACAUCCUGACAUCGGCCACCGAGCCCUAUGACCUCUCCUUCUCCCGCUCUUUCCAGAACUUGGCCCACCUUCCCCCGUCCUAUGAGUCCGCAGUGAAGAGUCACCCCAGCAAGUACUCAUCCCUGAAGAGGCUAACCGACAAGGAGGCUGAUGAGUAUUACAUGAGGCGGCGGCACCUGCCCGACCUGGCCGCCAGAGGCACCCUUCCCCUCAAUGUCAUCCAGAUGUCCCAACAGAAGCCGCUGGCGCGAGAGCGACCCCGCCGGCCCCUCCGGGCCAUGUCGCAGGACAGGGUCCUGUCCCCACAGCGCUGCCCGCCCGAUGAGCUCCGCAUGCCCUACGACCGCAUCCUGUCCGACGAGCGGCUGCUCUCCACCGAGCACCUGCACUCCCAGGACCCGCUGCUGUCGCCAGAGCGGACGGCCUUCCCCGAGCAGUCCCUGUCGCGGGCCAUCUCACACACGGAGGUCUUUGUGUCCACGCCGGUGCUGGACCGCUACCGCAUGACCAAGAUGCACUCCCAUCCCAGUGCCUCCAAUAACUCCUACGCCACCCUGGGCCAGAGCCAGACCGCGGCCAAGCGCCAGGCCUUUGCCUCGCGCAGACACAACACCGUGGAGCAGCUGCACUACAUCCCAGGCCACCACACCUGCUACACAGCCAGCAAGACAGAAGUGACCGUGUGAAAGGCGGGGCAGGCGGGGCAGGGGUCGGGGGAGGCCCGGAGCAGAGCUUCUGGCCCUGGACAGCUCCCUUCCCUCGUCCCCCUCUGUGGAGGUGGGGAUGGGCCACCUUUGCCCAGAAAGCCAUACUCCUGGGACACCGCCGGUGGCCUGGCACAGCGCGCUCAGACCUGGGAUCUACAGCGACCACCCUCACUUUUCCAGAAGAGUCGAAGGGCAGUGGAGUGUGGGGCGAGGCCCCAGUCUCACCCUGCCACUGUCACCAACUCUCUUUCAGUCCCACGUCCCCUCUCUCCUUCCUGGAGGCUCAGCUGCAGGUUCUGACAGCCAAGAGGCCCUGGCCUGGACCUGGCCCGACCUUGGCCGGAAGCCGCCCGGGUUUGAAUUGGCCAGCGGGUGCAGUCAAUGGGCUGACCGAAUAGGCUACUCGGUCUCAUUCACUUACCUAAAACCGCAUCACAGAAAUCUUCUAGUGCCUAAAAACUGCCUGCUCGCUCUCUCAGAACCGGGGAGCUGCUGUGUCCAUAAGCACAAUAACGAUUCUCUUCUGCCUGCUGGAACUCUCUGGUCCCCAGUGAGUGGCCCUUCCUCCGCUAACCCCCUGGGGGCCCCGCCCUGGCCCCGCGCCCCUCCCGCAAGCCCGGGACGUGGGGGGGGGGUUCCCUUCCCUCAGUUGCCUCCCCACUGCUGGGAACCCCGCCCAGUUCCAGCCGGCUGCCCCGCCCACAAGACUCUGCCCCUCCCCCAGCCCUGGGAGUUCUCUGGGGCUUCGCUCUAGUCCUUCCAGAAGAGAGUAGCGAUGGGGUGCAGGGACUUCGGGGUGCCCUCCCUAGCAACCUGAUUAUCUCCACACGUUCUCCAGGCCUCUAGGUCUGAACUAUGACCUGCCACUCAGGCCUGCCUUCCCCUCCCCUGCUCUUCUCCCAAGAGGCUUCUGCCCCUGGCCAGAGAGGGGCGGGGUCGGGAGGGCCACUGUGACGCCCCAGGUUUCAGGGGCUCGCCAUUCCCACCGCCCAGGGCUUUGCCCAUCUCCCAGCAUGCACGUCGGGCAGGACAGAGGCACUGGCUUCCAAAGAGGGGCAGCUCAGCCCCCGGUCAAGGAGGACCCCAGGCUGUGGUUCUGCACCUCACCUGCUCCUUUCUCCCCAUCACUGCCCACCUGCUUGGCCCCUUCUUUCUUUAGAAAGCACUCUCUCCGCCUGGCUCCCCCGCCCCCACCUCCCACGCCUCUCUCCCGGCUGCUGCUUCUUCAGACCAGUGCCUCCUUUGGAUCAAAGGGACAGAGACUCUUUAGCAGACGCAAAUAAUGGUACUCCAGGCUACUGGUCUGGGGGGCUAACUGGGUAGCUUCCCCAGUCGCUCCCCUGCAGGGGGCGCUGGGCCGCCAGGCAGACCCCAUGCCCUCAGCUAUAUUGGGGGGGCUGCCCCUGCAAACCCAUCUCAGCAUCUUCUCUGCCUCCAACCUGGGGGGUGGGCAGGGUGUGAACAGCCUCCUGGAGAACAGACAGUGAAGGACGCGACAUCCUCCCCCCACCAAAUCCUGGAGGGAGAGAAGGAGCGCCCCCAUUCUCAGGGCUAGGGUACCUCCCUGGGCUGGAGCUGGGGGAAUCAGCUUCAGACUAUUGAGCGGAGGUAUGAUACUGAAAAUAUGACUGUCGCCAUAGACUCCAAAAGCAAUGACUUGGAACUGGAAUUUUUGGAUGCCCCAGUUCCCCGUACAACCUGUCUGGCCCUUUAAAAACGGGGUGGGACAGGGAGAACUCCCCAGUGUCAGCCCUGCGGAUUUUUAACCUAAUCCACAGAGAAAUCAGUUGAGUGAUUCCUCUUACUUACUCAAGAAUUCCAAAGCUCUUAUUCCCACUCUACCCACAAGGCUCACCAUCACCCUGAAUCGUGAGGGGAUUGAGGGUGGGGAUGAUGGACACAGCCCUCAGGUCCCCAGUGGGGCGGUGUCACCAGGACUGUGAGGCUGUGAGGACAGGGACAACGCUCUGCUCUCCUUUCUUACAAACACAUAAACCUUCUCAAGGGCUGGUCCCUAAGGGUUUAUGAGAGUUUGGUCCAGAAGGUGAGGCUAAGAGGGUUGGGCUGGGGGAAAUCAACUACUCCUAGAAAGGAAGGUGUGUCUCCCACAGCUGUCCCCCCACCACACACACACACACACACACACACACACACACACACACACACACACACACACACACACAGAGCCCGCUAAUCCAGCUCUCAGCCAGUCCCCUUGAAGGCUGCCUGCUGGUGUGGAGGGGAAAGGACAUGGGUGGGGAGAUUCCUCUCCCCAGGUGUCUACACACAGGUACACCCUAACCAGAAACCUGAUCUCAUUCCAUUCUGAAGCAUCAUCUCAGCACUAAGUUCUCCAGCCCUUGGGGGUGACCUACUCCCCAGCUCUGUGUCCGUCUCAGGGGUGGUUUGAUAGGUUGAGUCCCAAGCAUUUUUCAUCCCAGCGUUCCUGCUGCUCAUUCUAAAAACUCUGGUGUCAGUGGGAUCAAGAAACUCUACCCAACCCUUUACUUCUUUUAAAUGAUUCUCCUGCUUCACCCUUGGGUCUGGAAGGAGAAAGGGAGGGAGGGAAGGAAGGAAAUAAGAGAAAAGUCUACAGACUUGCUCCAAUUCAGUCCUUCCUUUCAAAAUCCAUACACUGUUGUCUUAACUGGGACACAGCAGUAUCUCAUUUAUCAGUCGUCCUAUCCACAUUUGAAGAAUAAGCAAAGCCACAUUACCAGACAAGUUCUUGUCGCAGAUAAGAGAGGGUUCUGGGGCUGGAACCCAGAUGUCCUGACUCCCAGCCCCACGAGGCUGGUGGUCACUACCACACUUGGAAGGGCCGGCCCUUCCUCUACAAUGGAAGUCCCCUCCCCUAGCAAGGGAAACCCAAAGCCCAGAGUUUCCUUCUGCUUGCCUGGCUCUUUGGAUGAGUCUCCAUUGCUCUGCACGGGUUCUCUCCUGCCCUGAAGGUUCUGGCUGGUCCCCUUGGCCUUUGAUGGCAGUGAAGCACUCACAAACCUUCAUGUCCUCCACCUUUCCUGCCUCUGUUCAUCCAGUGAACUCCUGGCUCUGAGAGCAUGUGAGUCACAAUAGGCUUUUCCAAGAAUUCCUUUAACCCCCCAACUGGAUUUCUACCCUAGGACUCCCCAGUGUCUUGGGAGAUGGGUCAGCCUUCUAGAAAGUUCCCACACUUCUCUUAAUUCAAAUGCCUCCUCCCCUCUUUCCACUUCCACACCCCUAAACUGACCUCAGUCAUCUAUACACAUUCGGCCCUUCCUCCCUUCCUCUCGUCUCUGCUCUUUUCUUCCGUUUUCUUCCCUCUUCCCUAAUUUUUGAUCCCUGGUCCUGCUCAACUCUCUGGUUCUGGAAUGCAGAGCUCUCAAUGAAAACGAUCCAGGAAUGAGACACUCUUCAGGUCUCGUUGGCUUCCAUGGCUUAUCCUUCACCUCCUGCCCUUAAGAGAUAAGGGAUGGAAGGUGCCCUGUCAGAGGCAUCGUGGGUCAACGAUCAGCUUUGGUUCCUGUAGCUGGCAUGUCCCUGAAGCCCCUGCCCCAGGGUGCCACUAGCCCAGAGGCUCCUGCUCUGGCCAAAGAUUCAUAUCCUUGAGGGCUCUCGGCCACUGUUCCAUCUCACUUACGCCUGUCCUGCUUGUGUAUGUCACAUAUCCCCCUUUGUCCCCAAAGACUGGAGAAAGAGCCUCAUGACUCUCUAAGCACGGAGAAACUCCCAUUCCAACAACCCCACCACCACACAACCUAUUUCCUUCAGAGAUACUUUGUCUGCCACCAGCCUUCUGGCCUCAGAUUUGUCCACAGGCAGUUGUGGACUUGACCAGAGGUAAUCUGUAAGGGCUGUUGAUGACCUGAACCCUAGAAAGCACCUGCUCCAUUUCCCCCACAUACCUUCUUCCACGAUCCUCCCCAAACCAGAGAAACUUGGCUCUGGAGUAUUUUCAAGAAAGCUUGUUGUGUUUUAAUGAAGUAUUUUUCAGGGUUCCUAUGUUAUUAUUUUUUUAAAAUAAAUGCAGCCUUUUAGUGACAGGUUUGAGAUGAACAAUAUGUCUUCCUGGGCUCUACAUUUGAUUUCAGAAGGCAGCGUGCAUGGCAGGAAGACGCACCGGAAGAAAGCUCUUGAAGAUGCAGCUUUGUCUCUGUCUUGCCAUGUGACAAAGAUGAGCCAGGUUCUUGCUCAGUGCCUCCAUUUCCCAUCUGUAAAGUGAGGAGCUUUGACCAAACAAGUUCUCAAGUUCCAUCCAACUCUUACAUGUAGGGCUUCCAUGCCCACUGGCACCCCUACUCUCAUUGCACCACCUCAACUGGGCCACAUCUACCCCAUUGCACCUGCUCCACGGCAAUAUCCUCAGAUGCCCUAGGCAGUCACCAGACUCCUCCCUAGAGCCUGGGGUGGGCCCCAUGAUCACAGCCAUCCAUGGCUGCUCUCUGUCUGAAGGUAUAAGGGUCUAUCCAGUUUGUGGGUUACCAACUGCGUGUCAUGGAAUCCCCUGUAGACACAUCGCACUCACCCUGGGGGUCUGUGUCCCUGGCGAAGUCUGAAGUUUUCAUUUUGAUGUGGUCCUUCAAGCUGGAGGGAGGUGGUUCUGAUUUCAGAGAGGGGAUGGGCUAGUAGAGAAAGGUUCGGAGAUUGGCCCACAAUGACAUGAAGUCUGUAUUUGAAAGCAGCUUGGAAAUUCAUCCCAAGCCAUAGAAGAAAAUGCCCAGCAGAGGCUUUGUGGGGCAACGGGUGUUAUAUCCCCCUCCAGAACCUGAGUCCUAAAGAGUUUGGAUGCUGGGCUCUGUUCUACCUGGAGGAGGAGGAAGCAUCACUCCCUGGGCUGCCAAGAGGUGGGCACCCACCCCAGCCUAGUACCUUUUUAGCCCCUCCUUGUGACAUUACCGUCCUCCUGAUGAAAGCUUGUGAAGAGGCAAGAAUUGAGCACACAAAUCAAUAUCAUCGAACCCAUCUUGUAAAUCGGCAAACACAUCAACCAUCCAUCAGUCAGAGAAAUGACAUCAUAUGUUUUCUUAAUACCCUCCCUCCUGAGAGAGAGGGAGACCCCUGCUCCACUCCGCCGCCCACUCCUGCUGUGACCCUUGAACGCCACUCCCUGGGAGGACUCCUUCAUUUGCUUCGUAGUGGCAAAUAUUCCUCUAGUUCUAUAACUCAACUAGACAUUUUGUAGUAAAGAAUUCUUGAAAUUCUCUAAUUAAAAAAAAAAAGCAAUUCUUACUGUAAUAUUUUUAGUUUGGGGACACAAUUUCCUAAGGGGGGAUUAAUGAACAUUUUUAUGCAUUAGCCCAAUUUAUGGAUUCCAUGUUUAUUAUAUAUGGUAGUACUGAUGAAAAGUACCUUUCUAUCUGUACCUUUGCAUAGUUUCUUCAUUCCUCAUAACUUAGCUUCAUGAUGAGCAGUGCUCCUGUAAUUGCUGCUUCUGUACAAAUCUCAUCGUUCUACUUACUUGUCAAAGCACAUUCUAUAUGUACUGUAAACGGAUAUCACUUUAGUAAGACUUAGUCUUAAGGAUUUUUCCACUUUUGUCAGUAACGGAUAUUUAUGGAUUAAAAAAAAAUAAAGCCGUUUCAACAUAA